UAUUUACAUCAGAGUGACAGACUCGGAAGAGUAGAGAACUACAUAGGCAUUAUCCAGAACUUGGCAGCCAUAUUAGGAAUGGAUUCUUCCCAGAUCAUCACAAAGGUACACCCGAGCCUUAAUGAAUUGUCCAGGCUGUCAAAGAACAUCAGCAAUGGUACUCUGGAAAAGCUCGAUACCACAGUCAACUCACUACAAGCUGAAAAACAUAUUCGCCUGGAGAGGCUUCAACAGCUUGGUAAAGCGUUGGCCAACCUGUGGAAUCUCAUGGACACGCCUAGUGAAGACCGUCAAUAUUUCUUUCACGUCACUAGUUUAUCAUCGGUUUCAUCCGAUGAGAUAUUCACCACCGGAGGCCUCACUCUCAACAUAGUGCAGCAGGUGGAAUAUGAAGUCAAGAGGCUGGAUCAAUUAAAAGCAAGCAAAAUGAAAGAGUUUCUCUUCAAAAAAGGGGCUGAGCUCGAGGAAAUAUGCAGUCGGUCGCACAUGGAAAUUCCUUCUACAUUAGAAAUGGAAAAAAUAAUUAACCAACUAAACUCGGGGGAGAUUGAUCAUGCCGAUCUCGUCACAAGCAUGAACGAACAGAUAUCGAAAGCUGAAGAAGAAGCUUUUAGCCGAAAGUCCAUAAUGGAAAAAAUUGAAAAAUGGAUCUUAGCAUGCAAUGAAGAGCAAUGGUUGGAUGACUAUAGCAGGGAUGAGAACCGAUAUUCAGUCAGCAGAGGUGCUCACAAGAAACUCAAAAGAGCUGAACGUGCAAGAAUAAUGGUUAAUAAGAUUCCAGCUUUGGUAGAUUCGCUGAUAUCCAAGACUAAGAGCUGGGAAGAAGAAAGAAAUAAAGUUUUCUUAUAUGAUGAGGUUCCUCUACUGGCAAUGCUGGAAGAGUACGACAUGCUGAGGAAGGAAAAGGAAGAGGAGAAACAAAGACAGAGAGUAAUGCAUAGCUAAUAUGGGACGAGGUUGUUUCUUCCGGAGGUGCAGAUUAAAGUUAACAUUGAGCAAGACAGUCCCUUUGGAUCAAGGCCGAGCACCUGUAGUCGACAUCUAUCUGAUAGAAGAAUUAAUGGAGUUUUUGGCAACACUAAUCCCCUACAUAGAAAUGUUUCCCUUGGUGUACAACAGAUGUCAUCAAUUUACCUACUCAAGGCUUAUUUUUCACAAAAGGAGGAAAGAAAGCACAGAGACAAAGGAUUUAUGCUCAAAGAGGCUUCGGUUCUUAUCUUAGGGAUGACACAGUUUCAGUCGUCUCGUCUUUUUCGGGUCCUUUUUCACCAUAAGAUACGGCCUAUGACACCACAACUUCCAUGAGUAGUGAUAAAGGAGAUAUAAGAAUAAACUUUUACGAUAUGCUCUGCAAAUGAAUAAUUCUGCUUGUUUUCAGUUUGCACAGUAUCUGUAGAGUUAAUUCUACUGUGUAAAUAGUUUCUGUUUGCUUCGUUUGAAAGACGAGUACAAAAAUUGAAAGAAUAUCCUACUUAGUCAUUGGCAUGUUGGAAAAUAAAAUUGUUUGAUUGAUUAAUUUUGGCACAAAAUUUGAGUGGGACCCCGUUGAUUAUUUUGGAAGUUCAAGAUUGAUUUGCGUUCUCCUCUCU